CUGCAGCUCAAGAAGGACGCAUGCUGUUUUGGAAGGAUACGGCCGAUUUCCAGAUAUGACCAUGCAUUUGUGGCUUCAACUUCUGGCAUUUGUCUGUGUGCUUCUGGACCUAGGAGGCUUCGGUGAAGGAAACAGCACCGUUCCCGUUACUCCUGGUCCGAGCACGCCCCCUGCAACACCACCCCCUCAGGCCACUACAGCAAGCGACCACACACUCACUUCUGCAACCCUAGCUCCCUUGACGGCUAAACCAUCCUGCGAAAAGGCAUUAACAAACAUCUCUGUGACUUAUCAAAAUGUCAAUGGAAAUACAUUUAAUGCCAGCCUACACCUGCAUGGCGGGGUUAAGCCUGACGUGAAAUGUUCCCAUAUGAAAUGUGAAAACGGUGUUAUCUCUGGCCUGGAGGAAUGUAAAACUUACAAUGUUUCCAUAAGUCAGGAUUCAUGUGCUGAUCCACCUAAGACUUUAAAAUUAUAUGUCCCACCAGGUCCUGACAAUUUUAAGUUAAAAAACUGUACAAAAGAGGAAAAUGCAGACACUUCUAUUUGUUUACGUUGGGAAGAAACCAAAAAGCUUGCUUGUGAAAGAAAAAUUAAGUACAGACAUCGAUGUAGCUCUGAGCAGGGACUGGUUUUUGAUGAGAAGACUCUAUCUGAACAUGGAACUACCCCAACAGACCUAGAACCCGAUAAAAACUACACCUGUACUUCAGAAGUGUCCUAUGAUGAUUAUACCGUUGUUAAAAUAAUGCAGACUAUUAAAACAGAACCUAAAAUUCCGGGCAUUGUGCCGACAUUGAACUGCACGGUAUAUCAGCAACAAGCAAGGAUCACCUGGGAGCCGCCUUCAACUUUUUUCCAUAAUUUUCUUCUUUGUUGCAAGUCAGGGACGGGACAGAAGAAGCAACACAAAAGCAAGCCGGCUGGGGACCUGACCUGCUCCCCAGAAGGCAUUUGCUAUGAACUUGCCAAGGAGACCUAUGCUGAGUUGAAAAAAUUGGACCCUUAUACAGACUACGAGGUGACAGUUUCUGCCCAUGUCAGGGAAAACCGUGAGGGACCUCAAAGGAACUGCACAUUUCGGACAGAAGCAGCACCGCCAACUGAAGUCAAGCAUUUGAACGUUUCGCCGAAGUCAGAUAACAGCAUGAUGGUGGUUUGUCAGAUGCCCGACCACAUCAACGGCCCCAACCUAAGCUACUCUUUGGACGUCAAAACUGAGGGCACCUUGGUUGAAAGUCAAAAUAAAGAAAAGUGCCAAUUCCUUGUGCACAAUCUUUACUAUUCAACAAACUACGACUUUGAGGUCUAUGCACACAAUGGGAAACAUGCCGGGCCUAGAAUUACUAUUUCUCAAUCAACAUCAUAUAACUCUAAAGCACUGAUCACAUUCCUGGUCUUUUUGAUUGUCGUGACUGCAAUCGCCCUCCUCAUUGUUCUCUAUAAAAUCUAUGACCUGCACAAGAAAAGAUCCAGCAAUUUGGAUGAGCAGCAGGAGCUCGUUGAGAGGGAUGAUGAGAAACAGCUGAUGAACGUGGAGCCCAUCCAUGCCGAUGUUUUGCUGGAAACUUACAAGAGAAAGAUGGCCGACGAGGGGAGACUUUUCCUGGCCGAGUUCCAGAGCAUCCCACGGGUAUUCAGCAAGUUCCCUAUCAAGGAGGCUCGGAAAUCCUGCAACCAGAAUAAGAACCGUUACGUGGACAUCCUUCCUUAUGACUAUAACCGCGUUGAGCUGUCUGAAAUCAAUGGAGACGUAGGCGCCAACUAUAUAAACGCCAGCUACAUCGAUGGUUUCAAAGAGCCCAGGAAGUACAUCGCUGCACAAGGUCCCAGGGAUGAGACGGUUGGCGAUUUUUGGAGGAUGAUCUGGGAACAGAAAGCCACAGUGAUUGUCAUGGUCACGCGAUGCGAAGAAGGAAACAGGAACAAGUGCGCAGAAUACUGGCCAUCGUUGGAAGAGGGUGCCCGGGAGUACGGAGACAUCUCGGUGAAGGUCAAUGAGCACAAAACAUGCCCAGAUUACAUCAUUCAGAAGCUCAGCAUCACAAACAAAAAAGAGAAAACAUCCGGAAGGGAGGUGACUCACAUCCAGUUCACCAGCUGGCCGGACCACGGGGUGCCCGACGACCCCCACCUGCUCCUCAAGCUGCGAAGGAGGGUGAACGCGUUCAGCAACUUCUUCAGCGGCCCCAUCCUGGUGCACUGCAGCGCGGGCGUGGGGCGCACGGGCACCUACAUCGGCAUCGACGCCAUGCUGGAGGGCCUGGAGGCUGAGAGCAAGGUGGACGUCUACGGCUACGUGGUCAAGCUGCGGCGGCAGAGGUGCCUGAUGGUGCAAGUGGAGGCACAGUACAUCCUGAUCCACCAGGCCUUGGUGGAGUACAACCAGUAUGGAGAGACAGAAGUGAGCUUGUCUGAGCUGCACCAGUACCUGCUGAACCUUAAGAAGAGGGACCCGCCCAGUGAGCCUUCUCCGCUGGAGGCGGAGUUCCAGAGACUUCCUACGUAUAGGGGCUGGAGGACGCAGCACACUGGGAACCAAGGAGAAAACAAAAGCAAAAACAGGAGCUCUUCCGUCAUUCCAUACGACUUCAACAGAGUGCAGCUGAAACACGAGCUGGACUUCAGCAAGGAGAGCGAGCAUGAGUCCGACGAGUCCUCCGACGACGACAGCGACACGGAGGAGAACAGCAGAUACAUCAACGCCUCGUUCGUGCCGAGCUACUGGAAACCCGAAGUGAUGAUCGCGGCCCAAGGGCCGCUGCGGGAGGCCGUCGCGGACUUCUGGCAGAUGGUUUUCCAAAGGAGAGUCAAGGUCAUAGUCAUGCUGACAGAGCUGCAGGAAGGAGACCAGGAGGCCUGCGCUCAGUACUGGACAGAAGGGACGCAAACAUACGGAGACAUAGAAGUCAGCCUGAGAGACACUGCCAAGUCCUCUGCCUACACCCUCCGCAUAUUCGAGCUGAGACACGCCAAGAGGAAAGAGCCGCAGGCCGUGCACCAGUACCAGUUCCUCAACUGGAGAGCGGGAGGGCUUCCCGCAGAGCCCAAGGAGCUGGUGUCUAUGAUCCAGGCUCUCAAGCAGAAGCUCCUGACCAGGAACCCCGUGGAAGCGUCCAAGAGCCACAAGAGCGUGCCUCUGCUGGUUCACUGCAGAGAUGGAUCCCAGCAAACAGGGAUAUUUUGUGCUUUGUUAAAUCUCUUGGAAAGUGCGGAAACAGAAGAUGUAAUAGAUGUUUUCCAAGUCGUGAAAUCUCUACGCAAAGCCAGGCCAGGAAUGGUCCUUACGUUUGAGCAAUACCAGUUCCUGUACGAUGUCAUCGCCAGCACCUACCCUGCCCAGAACGGGCAGGUGAAGCGGCACACCGGCCAGGGAGACAAAAUUGAAUUUGAUAACGAAGUGGACAAAACAAAACAGGAGGCUAAUUGUGUCAGUCCACCCAGGGCCCCAGAGAAGGGCCAGGAAGGAGGCAAAGAGGGGGAAGGGCCCAAACCCGCCGGCGGUCCCGGGGAACCAGAACAUUCUGCCAACGGCCCCGCGAGCCCAGCCAUGACCCAGAGUGCAUAGGGGCAGGCGCGCCGCGCCUCCCGUUACACAUCAUUGCUAUUUUUCUCCAAGUAGGGAGCCAAACUAGACAUGCACUGGAGUAAUGAUGUGACUCGGCCAGUUUUUCUGGCAAGCUUCUAUUUUUAUUAUAUUUAAAACCAUUUUGUACAGUCGUAUGCUUAUUUUAAAACUUUACCUAUCCUUCAGCAAAAGUAACUUCUUUGUACCCUUUGCCUGUGGGUUUGUGUGUGCGUGUGUGUGUGAGAGAGAGAAGGGGCGGACUCCAAGCGAGUCUAAGCGCCCUUGAAAAACGUUGCCUUUUUGUUUUUGUUGGGGUUUUUUGGAACAAGAAGAUGGAAAUAUUUUUACUGGAAGCAUUUGCUUAAAGCGUCUGUUUUCUGAAAUCACAAACUGCAUGGGGGCGGGGGGGCGACCACGCGUGUUUCCGGGACGACCUCCAGGUGUCGUUGCGGGCUGAUCCGCGCACAUCCUACCGGCCGCUAUUUUCAUUCCGGAAACAGACAUAACAGUAGGAAGAGUGUGUAUAGUUCCUACAAGAAAGUCAGCAAAAUUAACGUCGGAAACCUUAUAUUCCAUAUGUUAGCAUUUAGUGCGGCCUCCUUCAAGCUUAUUUAAUCUAAUUUAAAAUUUUCAAGCAAGCCUAUCUUUGUAUCUCCACGAGGUGUUUACAUUUUACAACAAGGAUUAUUUUCUGUAAGAUAUGUGGCAUUCAUUGCUUGAUACUUUUGACCCCAAAUUAUAUGUUUGUUAGGACUGAAUUUAAAUAAACAUCUUUAAACAAAUACAGUCUGUAUUAAAUCCAUAGGAUAAAAAUAGAAUCAUGCAAAUGUAUUUGUGCUAAAUAUUUACAUAGGAAACUUAAUACAGCUAUUUUUAUGGAAUAAGAC